AUAACACAGGCGCACAUGUCGGCCGGCUUGUGCUGAUGCAACGUCAACACAAUAUAUACACCUAUCUAUUGUCAGUGAUUGUUGCAUAAACUUGCCUCAGAUUGAGUGUGCUGUAGACCUACAUAAAGUCCGCCGCGCCUAUUGAACGCUAGUUUGUUAAGCUGUCUUGAAGAGAUCAACGAUGGCCAGUGUGCCAGAACAUAUCAACUUUCCUGCAGAGGAAGAGAAGAUACUGAAACUCUGGAAAGACAUUGACGCCUUCAAGACAUCGGUGAAACAGUCCAAGGGGAAACCCAGGUUUUCAUUCUAUGAUGGUCCGCCAUUUGCCACAGGGCUGCCACAUUAUGGCCACAUCCUGGCCGGGACCAUCAAGGAUGUUGCCACGCGGUGGGCGCAUCAGAGCGGCUUCCAUGUUGAGAGGCGGUUUGGCUGGGAUUGCCACGGACUGCCAGUGGAGUAUGAGAUUGACAAGACUCUGGGUAUCAAGGGCCCUGAGGACGUGGCAAAGAUGGGGAUCGAGGCCUACAACGCUGAGUGCCGCAAGAUCGUCAUGAGAUACUCAAACGAAUGGGAGACCAUUGUGACCCGUCUUGGGCGCUGGAUUGACUUCCAGAACGACUACAAGACAAUGUACCCCUGGUUCAUGGAGACUAUCUGGUGGGUGUUCCAGCAGCUCUACAACAAGGGGCUGGUCUACCAGGGCUAUAAGGUGAUGCCGUACUCUACAGCCUGCAACACACCCCUGUCAAACUUUGAGUCGGGACAGAACUAUAAGGAGGUCACAGACCCCGCAGUCAUCAUUAGUUUCCCACUGGAAGAGUCUCCUGAUGUGUCCAUCAUCGCCUGGACAACCACACCAUGGACGUUGCCUAGCAACCUGGCUUGCUGUGUCAACGCAGACCUUGACUAUGUCAAAGUUAAAGACAAGAGUUCCGGGAAGGUGUACAUCAUGAUGGAGGCUAGACUGGUGGCUCUGUUCAAGUCGGAGGAGGAGUACACCAUAUUAGAGAAGUUCAAGGGCAAGACUUUGGAAGGAAAGAAAUACAAGCCACUGUUUCCAUACUUUGAGAGUAUGGGUAAGACAAAUGGAGCCUUCCGAGUUCUUCUAGGCAGUUAUGUCACAGCAGAGAGCGGUACCGGCGUCGUCCAUCAGGCGCCGUACUUUGGUGAAGACGAUUACCAGACAUGUCUGAAGUACAAGAUCAUCAGCAAGGACAUGAAGAUGGUGUGUCCCAUUGACGCCAGUGGCAAGUUCACAGAGGAGGUCACACACUUCAAGGGCAUGUACUUCAAGGAUGCAGACAAAGAGAUCAUGAAGAAGCUGAAGGCAGAGGGUCGUCUCGUCCACCAGGGCACGGCCAAGCACAACUACCCCUUCUGCUGGAGGUCUGAGACGCCCCUCAUGUACAAAGCGGUGCCAAGCUGGUUUAUCCGUGUGGAGCAGGCUACCCAGAAACUGCUGGAUAACAACCAGAAGACAUACUGGGUGCCGGACUUUGUAAAGGAGAAGAGAUUUGCCAACUGGCUGCGUGAUGCGCGAGACUGGGCUGUGUCUCGUAACCGGUACUGGGGCACCCCCAUCCCGCUCUGGGUCAGUGAAGAUGGAGAAGAGAUUGUGUGUGUAGGAUCUAUUGAAGAACUGAAGGAACUCUCGGGUGUGGAACUGAAGGAUCUUCACAGAGAAAAUGUUGAUAAGGUGACCAUUCCCUCCAAGAUGGGUAAGGGAGUGUUGCGUCGCGUCAGUGAGGUGUUUGACUGCUGGUUUGAGAGUGGCAGCAUGCCCUAUGCACAAGCUCACUUCCCAUUCGAACACAAGAAGGAGUUUGAAGAGAGCUUCCCUGCUGACUUCAUCGCAGAGGGAGUGGACCAGACCCGUGGAUGGUUCUACACACUGCUGGUACUGUCCACACUGCUGUUUGGGAAGCCGCCCUUCAAGAACCUGGUUGUCAACGGACUGGUUCUGGCAGAAGAUGGACAGAAGAUGAGCAAGAGGAAGAAGAACUACCCCGACCCCGUAGAGAUCGUCAACAAGUUUGGUGCAGAUGCACUCAGACUGUACCUGAUCAACUCCCCGUCUGUGAGGGCCGAGAACCUGCGCUUCAAGGAGGCUGGUGUGAGGGAUGUCCUCAAGGAUGUCUUCCUGCCCUGGUACAAUGCCUACCGAUUCCUCAUGCAGAACAUAGACCGGCUGGAGAGGGAGGAGGGUGUGACGUACGUGUACAACGAGGACACGGUGAAGGUGUCGGAGAACUACAUGGACCGAUGGAUCCUCUCCUUCACACAGUCCCUCAUCACAUUCGUCAGGAAGGAGAUGGCUUUGUACCACCUGUACACGGUGACGCCACGCCUGAUCCGGUUUGUUGACCAGCUGACAAACUGGUACGUGAGGAUGAACCGAAAGCGGCUGAAGGGUGAUGGCGGCGUGGACGACUGUCGCCAGGCCUUGGACUCCUUCUACAGUGUCCUCUUUUCCAUGACUAAAGUCAUGGCACCGUUCACACCGUUCCUGACUGAGCUGAUGUACCAGAAUCUCCGCCGCUACCAGCCGCAGUCUCCCACCAGCAAGGAGGACACCCGGAGUGUCCACUUCCUCAUGCUGCCUCAACCCAGGGCCAUACUGAUAGACACAAAGAUUGAGAAUGCUGUCUCCAGCAUGCAGACUGUCAUUGAGCUGGGCCGAGUCAUCCGAGACAGGAAGACUAUGCCAGUGAAGUACCCACUGAAGGAAGUGGUUGCCAUCCAUCAAGACCCCAGUGCCCUGGAGGACAUCAGGUCCUUGGAGAAAUACAUCGUACAGGAGUUGAAUGUACGGUACCUGACCACCACAACCAACAAGGAGAAGUAUGGCGUCCGUCUGAAGGCCGAGCCUGAUCACCGAGUCCUCGGCGCCAGACUCAAGGGAGACUUCAAGAACGUUAUGAAGGAUAUCCAACAGCUGACAGAUGCACAGCUUGUAGCGUUCCAGAAAUCAGGGGAGAUAACUGUGGGAGGACAUGUCCUGGCACGAGAAGAUCUGAGAAUAAUGUACAGUGUCGAGGAUAAAGUGGCUGGCAAGAGUGAACAGUAUGAAGCUCAUUCAGAAGGAGAGCUCCUAGUGUUGCUGGACGUGAGUCCAGACCAGUCCAUGUUGGAUGAGGGGGUGGCCAGAGAAGUCAUCAACCGUAUACAGAAACUCAGGAAGAAGGCAAAUCUGGCUCCCCAAGAUGAGAUCACCGUGUUCUACCAGGCCUCGUCAAACUUGACUCGUAUCAUCAGCGAGUUCUCCGACUUCAUCUUCUCCACCAUCAAGCAGCCCCUGGCUGUCUACCCUGCCCAGGGGGAGCAACUCAUCAAGGAGAGCUCGGAGAUCAAGUCUGACAAGAUAGAACUAGCCAUCGUAAGACGAGGCACUGCAUCAGGAGCUCCUUCAAGCUCCACAACAUCACAUCUUGCUCCGGCUCCUGUCAAGAAUGGUGUGAAGCCUAAUUGUAGGUUUCUAAACCUGACCCUGUUAGGAGCUGUUGCCCAAGAGGGUUUCACUGGCAGACAAGGCACAUUACUGUUGGAGAACCCUGUCGGGAGCUUCCCACUGGCAGCAAAAGACUUGGCAGCUGAGGCACAAAGGGUGUUUGGAGUUCGGGGACAGACAGUGAAGGUGUUCGAAGAUGCUGCUCGCACAAAACAGUUCUCACCUGAUUCCAAGAUGGCCGACUACUCCACACGAACACUUUAUAUAUCUGGUUCAUCCAAUCAGUCAGGUCCAACACCAGCAGGGGUCACCACACCAGUGUGUCACUUUGCUAAUGUUGAGGUCAUCAGGUCAAAAGGCAAGGCUGAGAAGGGGACAUUACUCUUGGAGAACCCUCGAGGUGAUACCCUUUCUGUAGACCAACUUGUAGACCAGGUUAGAGCUGUUUUUGGUGUCAACAGUUCUACUGUGACGGUCAGCAAAACAAGAGACAACAAGGGAGCGUUAACGUCGGCAACAGUGAAAGACGUGCUGAGUCUACACAGUGAAACGCUAUACGCCAUCAUCAGUUAAUGUGGACAUGGAAUCUGUGUAGCAACAUACUGACAGAUGGAAUUGUUUAUUUUGUUAUUUAAUUUAUGAUAUUAUAACUUAGACAAUUACUAUCUUUGAUUUGCGCCCUUUACAAUUUGAAGUUUGAUUAAUUGCUCAUGUGAUUAAUUCCUAAAUCAACGAACUGGCGCGUCAGACAAACAAAUUACUCUACACCAUGAUGGAGGUAUGUUUGUGUUCUAUUCUGGGACAGUAUGACAAAGAUGUUGGGGGAUUAUGGCAUAGUGGUUAAGGCACUCGCAUGUCAAAUAGAAGUACCAGGUUUGAUUCCUUACACGGUCCUGUUAAUUACUUUUUGAAGUGGGAGCCCACCAUUUUGCUGAAAUAACACUGAAAAUAAAACAAAACCUCACUCUCAUUAAAAGAUGUAUAAACGUUAGGAUUUAGGUAUAUCUGAAUCAGUGAAUGGUUAUGUUUAUCAGUUGUUAAAAUUAUCAAAUAUCUAGAUCAGUAAACGUUCAUCACUCAUUUGGUGGAUACUUCCAAAUCUAUUCUAGGUUUAAUAAAUUGUUUGUCAGAAAAUAAAAUGUCAAAUUUUCAUAGUGGUUAUUGUAUUAUUGAACUUCAUCAUGUUAAUAGGAAGUAUUUGUUUGUAUAUGCUUUGUACAUAAAGAGAAUUUAUUCUGGAACAGGACUAAAGUCUUCAAAGACAAGUAAACUCAAUUGACUGAUUAAGAACAUUCAUAGUACAAAACAAUGAGAGCAAUGUAACCCCUUUGUAUUGAGAUUUAAAAAUAUUUCUUUACCAAAGAUUAAGCUUUUAAAACAAUUUUUUUGAAUGUUAACCAUCAAAUCCUGUAAACUUUAAGAAAAGUGUUUUGAGUGAGUGAGUUGGGUUUUACGUCAUUUUAGCAAUAUUCUGGCAAUAUCAGGGUAGGACACCAGAAUUGGGCCCAAGUGAGGAAUCAAACCCAGACCUUUGUUGUGACAGGUGAAAGUAUUUACCACUCCACUACCUCCAAAUGAUUUGAACAAUUAGAAGUGUAAUUAUUAGACUACAGCUCACAUUGUCUACUUAAGAAUAAUGUCUACUUUAUUGGAUAACUAUACUCAUACGAUAGAGUUUUAAAGCACUAGUUCUAUUGUUUGCCAUAUUAAUAUGUGUUAUCUUAGUGCUAUGUAACAUGGGUUAUUGUUUCUCUUAGAUGCCAGCUGUUGACUCACUUCACAGGAAUUUAAGUCUAUUAAAAAUGACCCUCUGGAUUCUUAGACAAGCAGCGUUAGAAACUGGCACUAGUCCUGUAGUCCUUACCAAACUGCCCAGUAGUAAAGGUUUCAUAAGGACUAGUAAAAAUUAGUUGUUAUUAAGGGUUUUGCUAUGUGUUAUCAUUAUAAGGACUAGUGGACUAGUGUUAGUUUCUACCGCUGGACAAGACAAAAAUGUAUCGUGUAAAAUAUUGUGCAAUAAAGACAUAAGGGAGUUUUUUUAAAGAAGCUUUUGCAAAGUUGAAGUCAUACUGAGAACACAAGAUGGUAUAAUUGCUGAUGCAUUGAGUUUUUCAAUGAAAUAGGACAUGAUAGUAGGUAGGGUACAUUUCUGUGAUCACAUUUCACUCUAUUCAUAUAGAGAGAAGGGUAUUGGAUCACUGGGUUGAGAAAAAGACUAUGCCACUAUUUUAAUUGGAACUUCUUGAGAUCACUUUUCACUGAACUAUAGGUUAAGGUAUCACCGAAAUGUGUCACUGUAAUUCCCUCACAAGUCACUCUCAAAAAAGCGUGAUAGAAUAUGUAGAUAAUAGAACACUUGUUUAUUGUGUUUGCUGAGAAUAGGCCUCACAUAUCCUGUUCUCAUCAUGGGGCAAAUGAAAUCAAAUCAGUUGGACAAGCUGUGUGUUACCCUGGCUUGAUGGCAUGGAUUGGUGUGGGAUGAUGGUCUGCCUGGCCCAGAUUGUUUUUCACAAUCAGGUCACACUGCAGGGAUAUUGACAGUGGCUUAAAACAACAUUCACUCACUCCACACUGGAAUGUUGAUUCCCUGAUAAUGAAAAGAUUACAUGCAUUUAAUGCUUUUCGAUUUGAAUGAAUUUAAAUAUUUCAUAGUGGAAAAGAUCACUUUACUCAAAAAGUCGUCAUUUCAAAUAAAAUUUCUUUCCCAAAGGUCAAGAAGCAACUUUUUCCCUCAGAAUUUACCCGACAGGAAAGCCUGCUAUCUUUGUAUAAUUUGCAUCAUAAGGAAGUUUAAAUCAGAUGCAUUAUUUUCAUGCAGAGAUCUAGGAUAAAUUAGGUCCCUCCCAAGCUAUUGCUCUUUGAAGGGGGCACAGGUGGCCCAGUCGUCUAAGGCGCCGCGAUUCACUGUGCAGAGUUGCGUCCCUUGGGCAUGCCAGAAACCUAUGAUUGUGGGUUCGAAUCCCGGUUCGCCCUGAUUAUAUUUCUAGGUUUGUCAGCACCAUACCCGGGUUUCACCGUAGUGGUUAACAUCUGAGACCUCUAUCACUUCGGGCUUUCCUCCCACGUUAAGCUGACACACCGCAAGGUUACUGGAAUACUGUUAAGAGCAGCGUUAAACUUAACUCACUCACUCACUCACUCACUAUUGCUCUUUGAAAGAAGUGACUAAAUUAGGAUCAUAUAUUCUUGCCCUGUGAUCAUACCCAACAGAGUAGCACAUUGUUCUGAAUAUUAGCCACUGGUUUGCAUGGCCAACACUCAAUCAUUUAUAGGUCAACCAGACGCAGGUGGGAAGUUUUUUACUGCAGCGUUUAAAAGGAUCGGAUACAUUUCUGGACAAUAGGUUGUUUAGAUGUUCAUUUAUAGGUAGGAGAAACAGUGUACACACGUAAAUAUUGUACAGAGACAUCGUGAAACAAUCAGUGCAGUAAUGCAUCAAUAAGAAAACAAUAGAUUUGAGUUGUCCUGUUUGAAUUUUGAGCCCCUCAUGGGUUCUUUGUAAGAAAGUAAUAAAAAAUUUGAAAAAA